GGCGGUCCUGCCCCUUCGACCUCGUUGCUAAAUUGUCUCUCUCGGCUCCCGUUACUCUAUCCCUCUGCUUCCUGUUGCCCGUGGUAGCCAUGGCGGCUAUGAGUUUAUUGCAGCGGGCUUCGGUCACUGCAGUGACAGUUCUGUCUGGCCGCCGCGCUGGCUCUCGGCUCCGACUCGGAGGCUUCCUCACCCGUGUUUUUCCUAGGACUGUCGCUCCUGUGCGACACAGUGCAGACCAUGGGAAAAGACUGUUCAUCAUCAAACCUUCUUCAUAUUAUGACAAGCGUUUUUUGAAAUUAUUGAGAUUCUACAUUUUGUUGACUGGGCUUCCAGUAGCAAUUGGCAUAACUCUGGUGAAUGUAUUUAUUGGUGAAGCUGAAUUAGCAGAAAUUCCAGAAGGCUAUAUCCCAGAACAUUGGGAAUAUUAUAAGCAUCCUAUAUCAAGAUGGAUUGCUCGUACUUUCUUUGAAUGCCCUGAAAAGAAUUAUGAAAGAACAAUGGCUGUUCUUCAGAUUGAAUCUGAAAAGGCUGAAUUACGGUUAAAGGAGCUGGAAGUUCGAAGACUAAUGCGUGAGAGAGGCGAUGGGCCCUGGUAUCAAUAUCCAACUCCUGACAAGGCACUUAUUGAUCAUUCACCAAAAGCAACUCCUGACAACUAAUUGUUUAUUUCUUUAAAUAUAAAGUAUAUUCUCCCAAGUGGAAAACAAAUUAGUAAAUACAGUCUGUAUUUUUGCUCUGUAAUGAAUAAAAGAGCUUCUUUUCAUUGC